AGGCUUCUUUUCCCUACUCUAGAGGUUCUGUUUAAUUUGAUUUGGUCUGCUUUAAUUGGGUUUGUGAUUUGUAAUUUGUCCUUCCAUUGUGAAUGUUGCUUUGAAUUGUUUCAGAUUCAGGGGAGGUUUUCUUCUCCGCUUGUGCUGUUAUUUCCCAUAAGAAAAUCAGGCCGCUUUUAGUUGUUGUUGUUGAGGAUCUUAUUUCCUUUUUUAAUUUUCUUGUCUCUCUUUAAUACUUAUGUCUAUUGCUUUUAUAAUUAUCAAAGAAAAUUUAGUUUCCCAGGCGCUUUUAUAGAAGCAUUUGCAAAUUUUAUCUGCUUCAACUACGACUCAACCUACUUUUGCAUGUUUUCUUUUCUGCCAUGAUGUACUUGUCCAUCUUAUCCUGAAUAAUUCUUCCCUACCUUCAUGUAUAUUUGCAUCUACACUGCAGAAAUAUGGAGCUUCUAGUUCCCUCCUUUCUUUUUCUCUUUCUAUCUGCAUUCAUCCCUGUGGUUUUCGCCACAUGUUCUCACCAUUUUCACAAAAGAAGAAAAUUAUUUCAUCAUUCUCGGGCAGAUUAAAUAGAUUAUUUGGGAAAUCUACUGGCAAGAGCAGGAAAAUUAAAGUGGUAUUCCAUGACUUACCAGGAGGAGUAGAGGGUUUUGAGCUUAUGGCAAGGUUCUGCUACAACAACGGCAGAACUGAGAUAGCUUCAUCUAACGUCAUCCUCCUAAACAGUGUUGCCCAUUUCAUGGAAAUGAACAAAGACGUAUCCUGCACUGACAAUCUACUUGAGCAAACUGAGAAAUUCCUUGAAGGGAUCCCUUACUGGACCUGGUCUGAGCUUCUGGGAGCUUUGAAACAGUGCCAAGAAUUUGUUCCCAUUGUGAAUUCUUCAGGUCUACUUCAGAAAUGCCUGGAUUCCCUUGUAGCAAGGAUGGCUCCGGCUAGUGAUGCAAGCCCUUCUACUUCUUCAACGGAUAGCACUGCUUUGCGGUUCUCCUGUGACACUAGAAGCACUGAAAGUACGAAGAACAGCUACUCAAGGGCAACGUGGUGGUUUGAAGAUCUUGUGGUUUUUCACCCCAGUUUGAUUGAAAAAGUGAUAAAGGCCAUGACUGCCCAAAAAUUCAAUCAUGCAACUAUCAGUAAGUUCCUCUUUUACUACCAAAAAUCAAGGUUUUCUGGAGCAACACCAGAUGAGAAGUGUAAAAUUAUAGAGACUGUUGUAGAGAUGCUCUUCUCACUUGAUUGGAGCUCUGUUUCUUGCAAGAGUUUGUUCGGGAUUCUUCGAGUGGCUUUGAGUUUGAAUGUAAGCAAGAUUUGCCGGAACAGAUUAGAAGGUAUGAUUGGAUCACACCUGGAUCAAGCAACAUUGGAUAAUCUUCUUGUACCCUCUCCACCUAGCGUGGCUUAUCUGUAUGAUGUGAACCUGGUCCUGAGGUUCUUGAAAUCAUUUCUUCAAACGGGAGGUUGUUGGGUAUCUUCUACUCGACUGAAGAAAGUUGCUAGCUUGGUGGACUUAUACAUUGCGGAGGUAGCACCAGAUUCAUGCUUGAAACCUUCAAAGUUUGCUGCAUUAGCUCUGGCUCUUCCAGAUUCUGCAAGAGACUCCCAUGAUGGAAUAUACCGAGCCAUGGACAUGUAUCUUGAGGUCCAUGCUGGAUUAUCGGAGGAAGAGAGGAUGAAGAUCUGUUGUGCACUGAACUAUGAGAAGCUUUCAUCUGAAGCUUGCAAACACCUUGCCCAAAACAAAAAAUUCCCAUCAAGAACAGCAGUCCAAGCCCUCAUAGCUCAACAAUCAAAGCUCAAAAGCAUACUCCAAGACAUGAACCAUUUCAAAUCCCUGGGUGAUCCCCCCUAUGGUUAUAAUGAGAAGGGAAGCAAGGGGAAGAAAUAUGAGGAUGAUGACCAGGUUGUUCUCUAUGCAAGAAAGCUCGAUCUUUCAACGGAGAACGAAAAACUCAAGGCACAUUUACAAGGGAUGCAAUGGAGGGUGAUGAAAUUGGAGAAGGUUUGUAGGAAAAUGCAAACUCAAAUGGCAAAAAUCAUGAAGUCACGACUAUCAAGCUCUAGUAAUGCUAGAUCCUUACCCAGGCUCUGUUCAUGAUGGAAAAAUUUUUACAUAAUUUUUUUUCUUAAUUUUGCCAUUUUCCCUACCGUUUGUAAAUAACAAAAAAUAGGUAAUGUAAUGUGAGAGCUUUUUUCUUCCUUCUUCUUUUCUGCAAAGUUACAAACGAUUUUGUUUUGGUAAACACAAAAGUAAAGAUGAUUGAGAGCAGUUUCUUUAACAGAAUAUGGGAUCUUGGCUGUACUGAUAGAGAGAUCGAGUACUGGUGUUUCUUUUCA